GAAGAAAAUCGCAAGCGUAGCCGGGAAGGGUUUCUGGACGGCACGCGAGGUGCCGUGGGGGAAGGGAUGAAACUGCUCGCGCGGAAGCUGCCGUCCUAUCUUGGUUCGCUCUUUGCAGCCUUGCUUGGAUAAUCAGUGGCGCCUUUUUCGUUCCCACUGCUGGCGUCGCCUCCCACCUUCCUCCUCGCUUCUAGUUUAAUGGUUGGCUUCACUGGAAUACCUUCCUCCGGCAUCAUCCACCCGAGGCAGGUGGGAGGGAGGGGGAAAUGGAAGGAAAUUGUGGGAAUGUUCUUAAUUUGUCUCCGUAAAUCCCACCGGCGUUUUUUUCCACGUCUUUUUUUUUGCCCUUCCAUCCCAACCGAGUGUUCUACGAAGUAGCAGCCGUGGCCUCUUCGAGUUGCAGUUACAGGUGGCAGCGUAGCCAGAGCCUCCCUCCCCGCCCCCCGCCACCCCCUUUCUUGGAAGGAGCUGUCGCGAUUUCCCUUCGCCGCAUCCGGUCGCCCAUUCCGCGAGCCGCUCUCGAUCCCACCGCCGCAAAAUCCCCCAGCGCCCCGCCUCCCCUUCGAGCGCGCCUCUGGUUUUCCCACGGAUCGCGCAGCCGAGGGGAAACGGCCGGGAACGAAGCCUCGAGGUCAGGGCUUCCAGGAACCGGCAGCGGGGCAGGUUCGUGACCAAGAGCCCCUUCUAACUCGGUGGGAAGGUUACCACCGAGGCUGCAGUCCGCAACCCUCCCUGGCGUUCCUUGAAGAUAGAUGGUUUUUCAGUGAGCCCUGAACUAUAUCUGUGCCUCUAAAAGUGGCUUCCUUCUCUGAUAAAGACUUUGUUGCCCAACUCAUAAGACUGAUUCCCAUAAGACGUGUGUAGUACUAAAUGUUUUGGUUCAUUGAUUGACCGAUUGACCGAUUGCUUUUUUAUCCUAGCCUGCCUCUGAAUUUAGGAGGAUUUACAAGAUUUGCCCUGUCCCUUUUAUUCUUGUAAUAAACUGGUGGAUUAGGCUGCAGGGUAUUGACCAGCCAGGUUAUUUGCUGAGCUGAAUGACUGGGCUAAUAAAGAUAAAGUUGUUUUGGAAGUUGAUUUUACAGUUAUAAGUAAUUUGCCACAGGAAUUCCUGCUGUUAGCUCUUUCUUCUCUGGUUGGUUAAUGGAGGUGGCCACGUUAAGCACAAAAUAGAGAUAUACACAACAUUUUAUAACAGUGAUCUGUACAGUAUGUUCUGCACAAAACUGAAAGAGCUGAAGAUCACUGGCGAAUGUCCUUUCUCCUUGCUCAACCAAAGUUGCAUUCCAGAUGAAAAUGAGGAAGAAUGUGCUGAAGUGCCGAACAGUUCUAAGGCUCCUUUGCCCAUCUGCAGAGAGAAAGUCCCUCAUGGAAACCUUCCACAAAGGAAAAUCAGCAGGAACAGAGUAUUUCUGCAUACUUUAGCUGAGAGCAUUUACAAGCUAAUCUCUCCAGAAUAUGAAAAGUUGUAUCUUGCAUUUCAAAGAAGCCUAGCCAAUAAUAACAUAAAAGAAAUGGGACAGUAUGAGGGAAAAGAUUUUGAGAAUCUACUCACUGAUAAUGCAGAUUUGGCAGGAAUUCCAGUCACUGUUCUAAGAGAAUCACUUGGUGAAGAGCUGUUCAAAAUAUGUUACGAAGAAGAUGAACACAUUCUUGGAGUUGUUGGGGGAAGUCUGAAAGACUUUUUGAACAGUUUCAGUACUCUUCUGAAGCAGAGCUCUCAUUGCCAUGAAGCUGGGAAAAUGGGCAGAGUUGAAGAAGUCUCAAUUUUGUGCUUGGAAAAAGAUCCCAAUUUUUUAAAUGUAUACUAUUUUUUCCCCAAAAAACCAACUACCCUCAUCCUGUCUGGUAUUAUUAAGGCAGCAGCUCUCAUUUUGUAUGACAUGGAGGUGGAAAUAAUGGUAAUGCCACCCAGCUUUUGCAAGGACAGUUCCGAGUUUAUUGAUCAGCCUUAUUUGUUAUAUUCUGUGCACAUCAAACGCACAAAGCCAUCACUAUCACCUUGUAAACCCCAAUCUUCUCUUGUCAUUCCUACUUCUAUGUUCUGUAAGACCUUUCCUUUCCAUUGCAUGUUUGACAAGGCCAUGGAUAUUUUGCAAGUUGGCAAUGGCAUCAGAAGAUUAUUAAACAAAAGAGAAUUUCAAGCAAAGCCGCAGUUUGAUGAGUGGUUUGAAAUUUUAGCUCCUAAAAUAAAUUGUACAUUUAGUGGGAUCAUGACAAUGCUGAACAUGCAGUUUACUAUAAGAGUGAGACGAGGAGACAAAGUUCUUAAAAAGUCAACUGGGGUUAUGGAUCUUAAAGGACAAAUGAUUUACAUUAUCGAAUCUAAUACCAUUUUGUUCUUGGGAUCUCCUUGUGUGGAUAGACUGGAAGAUUUCACAGGACGUGGUUUAUAUCUUUCAGAUAUUCCAAUUCAUAAUGCACUUAGGGAUGUUGUUUUAAUAGGCGAACAAGCCAGAGCUCAAGAUGGAUUGAAGAAAAGAUUAGGGAAGCUUAAAGCAACUCUUGAACAAGCUCACCAAGCUCUUGAAGAAGAGAAAAAAAAGACAGUUGAUCUUUUGUGCUCUAUUUUCCCUGAGGAAGUUGCUCAGCAGCUAUGGCAAGGACAAGUUGUACAGGCCAAGAAAUUUAAUAAUGUCACAAUGCUUUUUUCUGACAUUGUAGGAUUCACUGCAAUCUGUUCUCAGUGUUCACCCAUGCAGGUUAUCACCAUGCUUAACGAGCUCUACACUCGCUUUGAUUAUCAGUGUGGAGAACUGGAUAUCUACAAGGUAGAAACCAUUGGAGAUGCAUAUUGUGUAGCUGGAGGCUUACAUAAAGAAAAUGAGACCCAUGCGAUUCAGAUUGCACUAAUGGCACUUAAAAUGAUGGAUCUGUCCAAUGAAGUGAUGUCACCACAUGGAGAAUCCAUCAAGAUGCGUAUAGGACUACAUUCUGGCUCUGUUUUUGCUGGUGUUGUUGGUGUGAAAAUGCCACGUUACUGCCUAUUUGGAAACAAUGUAACACUUGCCAACAAGUUUGAGUCUUGCAGUGUCCCUAGGAAAAUAAAUGUUAGCCCCACUACCUACAGGUUGAUAAAGGAUCACCCUGGCUUCAUGUUUACUCCUCGCUCAAGACAAGAACUUCCUCCCAACUUUCCAGGCGAUAUACCUGGAAUCUGUUACUUUCUUGACGCUUAUCUUCAAGGGAAAAGUACAAAAGCCUGGUUUCAGAAGAAAGAUGCUGAAGAAGACAAGACAAAUUUCUUGGGGACAUCAACAGGAGUGGAUUAAAUUGUAUUUUGGAGACAAAAUAGUGUGUAUGUAUGUGUGUGUGUUUAUAAGUUCUGAGUUUUGAUUUCCUUUUAUUAACAAAACAUAAUAGCACUUUAGCUUAUUAAUCACUUGAAAUCCAGUAUUAAAUUUUAGAUAAAAAGAUAUUGCAUACUACGUAGAAUUUUUAUUGAGAUAAUAUAUUCAGUGUAUAAAAAAGAAUAGUUGAAGCAGUAACAAGACAGAGCCAAUCUGCCUGUGAAGAAUUCUGUCCCUCUAGCAAUGAACUUUGAAGUCAGUUUUUUGAUAAAGUGUGCUUUGCACCUCUCCAAAUUCCCAGUUUUAGAAUCAGCUUUCACAACAGUUUCUCAGCAUUCUAUACCUGCAUCUGGGGCUGUAUGAGCAUCAGAGCACAUACCAUAGCUUUUUUUUUUUUUAAGAGAACAGUUUGGUGUAGUGGUUAAGGUGCUGGCCUAGAAGAUAGAAAGCUGAGUUUACCUUAGGCAUGAAAGUCAACUGGGUGACCUUGGGCCAGUCACUGUCUCUCAGUCUAACUCGCCUCACAGGGUAGUUGUGGGAAAAAUAGGAGGAAGGCGUAUUAUGUAUGUUCAUCACCUUGAGUUAUUAAUAAAGUAAUAGAUGGUAUAAAAAUUAAAUAAGUAUUAAGUACACAGGUGAUAUACACAGGCCCAGCUAGAUGAAUGUCUGUUUUAGUGAAUUUUUCUAAAUUAUUUCAUAAGAAAUUGGAAAGUGCAGCUAUACAUUAUAGUCUACUUUCGGCUAAGGGUGUCAAGAAGCUGUUUAGUCUAAAACAUUUAUAAACACAGAUCCAAAAGCCAUAAUUUAUGGCAUUGUAGUCCAGAAUUUCUGGAUUUCAUACCUGCCUGAUGAAAUCCAAUUCUUGGGGUUUUUUUUCCUUCUAGGGUCCUUUUUAUGGUUAUCCUUAGCAAUUUUCUAGUUAUGUAUAAAUUAACUUUGAUGACACUGUGCUCUCUGUUUCUAGUCAAUUAAACAAUAUUUACAUCUGUGGACUAUAUGAACUUAAAUUCAGAAUUGCCUCUGGUUCAUUCUAUGCCUAGUUUUUUUAAUGCACAACUGUUAAUAUUAUCAUAUAUAUACACAUAUAUAUAUAUAUAUCUCUGAGAUUUUCGGGGGUGUUUGUAUUUAGGUCUUUGGUUAUUCGGGUUUUCUCCCAUGUAAAAUUGGAGGUGUCUUGGCAACGUUUCGACGAAGUCUCAUUCGUCAUCUUCAGUCUGGUGCUUUCGGCUUCGUGCUUCUAGGAGCAAUGUGUGUGAUAGCAGCUGUUUCUUCCUUUUAACUGCCAAUGGGGGUGUGAACUGAUUGGGUGGGAGCUUGGCUGUGUUCUGAUUGGGUGGAGGUGUGUUCUGAUUGGUUGGGGGUUUGGCUGUGCUCUGAUUGGAUGGGGGGUUGGCUGUGCUCUGAUUGGAUGGGUGUGUGUUCUGUUUAGGUGGGGGCUUGGUUGUGCUCGGGUUAGUCUGAGUAGCAGGGGGAUUUGAGCUGAUGAGCUGUGUUGCUGUUGUUUGGCUUCGUGUUCGUGGCCGUGCCACCUCUUCAUGGUGGGUGUCAGUCUGCUUCAUGUAUGGAUUGGAGGGGUUUAAAUGCAGCUGUAGUCUGGCUUCUGGUCCGUGGUCGUGCCUCAUCAUCAGUGUGGGUUUGAGUCUGCUUUCUGCGUGGAUGUGUGUUGGUUACAUCCUGUGUGGCUCUCGUGAGUGUGGGUCUGGUGUCAUUCCUUGUGUUAGGGACUUGUUUGUCAAUAAGGGCGGGUUUCCAAAUGGCUGGUAGGCGGGAGGUAUCAUCUCGUUUAUUCAUGCUGUGUGGACAUUUUUCUAUCUCGAUGGCUUCUCUGAUUAUUCUGUUGUUAAAGUGUUCAGUUUUGGUGAUAGUUCUGGUCUUUUUAAAGUCAAUAUCAUGUCCUAUGGCUUUGAGGUGUUGGACCAGGGAAGAAGUUGGUUCCUCUUUUCUGACUGAGUUCUUGUGUUCUUCAAUGAGUGCACUUAUUCUUCUGUUGGUUUGUCCGAUGUAUGUGGUGGGGCAGACGGUGCAUGGGAUUUCAUAUACUCCUUGAUUUUCUAACUCAAUUUUUUCUUUGGGGUUUCAUAGGAUGGUGGAUAUUUUUCAGUUUGUGCAGAAUGCUGUCUUGAUGUUGUGUUUGUGGAGGAUCUUGCUGAUUCUGUCUGUGGUGCCUUUUAUGUAUGGGAGGAGGGCUUUGCCGUUUUCUUGUUCUCUGUCUUGGAUUUCAGUGGGGGUUUCUUUUUGGAUUAGGUUGGUAAUCUUAUUUCUUUGGAAUCCAUUGGAUGUUAGUACAUUAGUGAGAGUGUGUAGUUCGGUUUUUAGGUGUUGUUCGUCAGCUAAGCGUUUUGUUCUGGAGAUGAGUGUCUUGGCUACGGAGUUGAUCUGUGCUGGGUGGUGGUGUGAGAGUGCGUGCAGAUAGCGGUUUGUGUGUGUUUUCUUCUGGUAGACGGUGUGUCCUAGGGAGCCAUUGGAUUUUUUGUAGACUAAGACAUCCAGGAAGGGAAGUUGGUGGGUAAAUCCACGAACACGAAGCCAAACAACAGCAACACAGCUCAUCAGCUCAAAUCCCCCUGCUACUCAGACUAACCCGAGCACAACCAAGCCCCCACCUAAAAAGAACACACACCCAUCCAAUCAGAGCACAGCCAACCCCCCAUCCAAUCAGAGCACAGCCAAACCCCCAACCAAUCAGAACACACCUCCACCCAAUCAGAACACAGCCAAGCUCCCAUCCAAUCAGUUCACACCCCCACUGGCAGUUAAAAGGAAGAAACAGCUGCGAUCACACACAUGUUCUGUCCCUGUCUCCACACACACACAAACACAGCCAGCCGAGGGUUAAGAAAGCACUUGGCGCGCACACAGGUUGUUAUCUAAAACGUGGCAGCUAUACGAGCAUCGACUGCCAAGGGCUUUACUUCAUCAGAUAAACAGAAAAAUACAUACAAAUUGCAAAUAGUCCAGUUCAAAACAAGGAACCUUCGACAGAUUUAGGCGUUGUUCAAGUGACUAGCCAGAGUUAGUUUUUGUUCGUCACAGAGUCUUAAAUGGCCACCACACUCUCUUAUAUAAUCUCUGGGGUGUGGUCCAGUGACUCAGUUAUAAUCCCUGGCAUGCCUCCUUAACUGCUGCAACCGUUUAUCAUGCCUUCGUUGGCGUGGAUCCAGGAACGACAGAUCACCUCCCUCGCUCUCAUCGGAGACACCUGGCUCCUGGCUAAUCUCCUCUUCCUCGGCCAGCACUUGAGGCAGUGCCAGAGGGGAGGGGCCUGGAGAGGGAGGCCUGGCCGACUCCUCUUCUUCAUGUUUGGAGCCUUCUUCCUCCGAUGAGAUAGGCUCGGAGGGCGGGGCCACAACAACACAUUACUCCUAGAAGCACGAAGCCGAAAGCACCAGCCUGAAGAUGACGAAUGAGACUUUGUCAAAACGUUGCCAAGACACCUCUAAUUUUACGCGGGAGAAAACCCGAAUAACCAAAGACCUAUAUAUAUAUAUAUAUAUUUAUGAAAAGAAUAUAUGUUUUAUCCAGUUUAUGUGAAGGCCAUUGAAAUUACUCACUAUUGCAAUAUUUGUUCCUUAACAUCAACAAGAAUGCUUUGGUCAGGUAAUAAUACCAAAGAUUAUGGAAAUUCUAAGAGGUAAACAAUGUCAUUUAGAUGACAAUUUAAUUUGCACCUAUCUAGAUAAAUGUCAAUGAAUUCAGCAAGACAUAUGAGUAAACAUACAUAGGAUUGUUAUUUCCCUACUUGUAUGGUGUUGGCAAUUUUUAAAACUAGUUUACACAAGAUGCCACUUACUGCUAUCAUUGUCUAUAAAUUAAUAUAUGUAAUAUAUUGAAUAAUCAAAUCUAAAAUCUAUAUUCAAACAGCAUUUUAAGUUUGGGAGGCACACAUUUUAUAAGAAGCACAUACUGUAUAUAUACCCUGUUCUGUGUAAUAGCAAUAAAUGUUUUCUCAAAUAAUUUUAACUGUUUAGAUUAAAAUGUGUACAAUCUUUGCUUAACAGUAUUAACAUAGCACAGAUAAGGCAAAAUAUGAGGAGUUCUGAAUCAAAUAUAUGUAUAUAGAGACUUUGAAUGCAUUAUGGUUAUGUUUGAACUCAAUAAAAAGAAUUACACAGAAAGGA